UAUCACAGUUUAAUAAAAAUGACAGUUUCAUAGCUUUUAAUAGCAGUAAAAACAUCAUUAGAGGAUUCAGUGACAUACAGAUGACUGGAGAUCUCACUGAGAGGAACUGCACAACUGUCUUCUAUAACAUCAUGAAGAAUCAUUCAGAUCUCUACUACUUCAGACUGGAAAUGGAGCCAAAUGUGUUCAGAGCAACAUUUUUCCUCAAUCAACCUGAUUCAAUGAAGACUGUGAACAUCAGUGUCAGAGGUAAAUCUCAUCUCCACUGUCUUUAACAUACAGGUUCUUAUGCUUUCCUUUACUUGUAAGUCACUUGAUAAAUGUAAUAAACAUUACUAACAUAUUAUUUACAUAAUUGAUUAUUAUCACUAAGAACAGUUUCUUAAUUAUGAACUACAAUCAUUUAUUCUGUAGAUUCACCACAGCCUCCUGAACUUAAACCCAAUGAUCAACGCUCUGUGAUGGAGAACACAAUAGUCAAUCUGAGCUGCUCUGCUGAAGCCCCCUGCCCCAAACAACCUCCUACAAUAUCCUGGUCCAACAUCCCUGAAUCUGCCCACAUUACAACACAGUUACAGGAGAAACCUGAUAAAACCCUGUCAGUGUUUUCACACAUGACCUUCAAAGCUUCAUACAUGGAUCACAGAAGGAACAUCUCCUGCACUGUUACAUAUCCAAGAAAAACAUUGAAUGACUCAACCGUGGAGACCACCGUGAUGCUACAAGUCCUGUUUCCUCCAAAAGAAACUCACAUCACCAUCGAUCCAUCUGCUUCAGUCUCUGUUGGCACUAAUGUGACUUUGACCUGCAAAAGCAAAGCCAGUCCAUCAAUUAACAUGAACUACACCUGGUACAAACGUGGAUAUGAGAUGCCUAUAGCUUGGGGAAAGAAGAUUACCUUCAAUGCAACUCAAAAGAAUGCAGCAUGGUAUUCCUGCACUGCACAGAAUCAACAUGGAAAACAGUCAUCAGCAGAGAUCCAGAUCACAGAUGAAGGUGAGUUUAUGCAGUCUAAAUGUCGAGAACAAGGUCAUUUAUAG